GUCAUACUAUAACAGUUACGGUAAACUUUAAAGAAUUGUAAGAAAUAAGGAAGUGGCGAGAAAAAAAAAAGCAGGGGUGUGGCUUACAACUGACAGCCACCUUUUCGGGGUGCAAACAGAAGAGAUGUGGAAGAAUUAAUUCACUUUUCACUCGGCAUUGGAGCAAGAGGAGAGACUAACUCGACUUGUGAUCAGUGGAUGCUGUGAUGGUGGUGCUGCUGAAGUGAACAGGGUGUGGAAAUGUCAGGCGACAGCAGAACCCUGUCCUGGACAUUGGGAAGCACAGGAAAGGGGGAGCCCUCGGGCCUGUCUGAACGAACCAACGACACCCUGAGUGUGGGAGACAAAAUCAUCAAGGUCUGCUUCACCAGCAACAGUUUCAACCUGGGCAAGAACUUCAAACUGGUUAAAUGUGACAGUUCCUGGGAAGUCAAGGAGAUCAUCAACUCCAUCCUAAGCAGUGGGAGGUUGGGCCCCAACAUCACGUUUUCGGGUUGCUAUGGGCUCCUGCUGAAGCACUUGAAAUCGGAUGAAAUCUACUGGCUGCACCCGGAUCUGACAGUAGGGGAUGUAGUGCAGAAAUAUGAACAGCGCCACUGUGAGGCAGAAUGGAGAUAUGACCUGAGAAUCCGUUACAUACCAAAUAAUUUUAUUGAGAAAUUUAAGGAGGACAGAACCACUUUGCUGUACUUCUAUCAACAGGUUCGCUGUGACUACAUGCAGCGCUGUGCAAACAAAGUGAGUGAUGGGAUGGCUUUGCAGCUGGGGUGUCUGGAAAUCAGGAGAUUUUAUAAAGAUAUGAAUGCUAAAGGUCUGGAAAAGAAAUCAAAUUUUGAAUUGCUGGAGAAGGAUGUAGGUCUAGAUCUCUUCUUUCCAAAAGAACUGAUGGACAGUAUGAAGCCCAAACAUCUGCGGAAGAUGAUCCAGCAGACAUUCCAGCAGUAUGCCACACUGAAGGAGGAUGAGUGCAUUGCAAAGUUCUUUGAAACCUUGAGCAGUGUCUCCAGCUUUGAGGAGGAGGUUUACCCCUGUGAGCUGGUGCAAGGCUGGAGUAUUGCAGUUGACCUGGUUAUUGGACCAAAAGGAAUUCGCCAGCGCUCAAAUAAAGAGGCAGUGGCCAUCUGUUUAGCAGAGUUCAAACAGAUUAGAAGCAUUAAGUGUUCCUUACAGGACAAUGACAGAGGGCAGUUACACCUGGAGAUAACUGGAGCCAAGCAGCUUUUGUCCAUCAAUACCUCUAACCUAGCGAUGGCAGAGAACAUGGCCGACCUUAUAGAUGGUUACUGUCGGUUAGAGAAUGGAGCUAACACGUCGGUGAUUGUAAGGCCAAGAAAAGACAAGGAUUUCCGAAAUUCUCUUCCAGCUGUUCCUACAGCUGAUCACAAGAACAUGGGAUCCAACACUACUGUGAGGGAGAGCGUAGGGUCUGACAUCUAUGCGGAGAUACCAGAUGAACGGCCAAAGUCGGUUAUAAAAUUUGGAAUCUCCCGAGAUGAUAUUGUCCUGGGGAGGAUUCUGGGGGAAGGCUUUUUUGGGGAGGUGCAUGAAGGAGUUUAUAAGGACAAGAAGGGAGAGAGGAUAAGUGUUGCUGUGAAAACCUGCAAGGACUGUUCUCCUGAUGUGAAGGAGAAAUUCAUGAGUGAAGCUGUGAUCAUGAAAAAACUUGACCAUCCACACAUUGUGAGGCUGAUAGGAAUCAUUGAGGAGGAUCCUGUGUGGAUCGUCAUGGAACUCUACCAGUAUGGAGAGCUUGGAAACUACCUUACAGACAACAAGCACAACCUGACAACCGCCACAUUGAUCCUCUACUCUUUACAAAUCUGCAAAGCUCUGGCUUACCUGGAGGGAGUUAACAUGGUGCACAGGGACAUUGCUGUGAGGAAUGUGCUCGUAGCUGCUCCCGAGUGUGUGAAGCUGGGAGAUUUUGGCUUGUCCCGAUACAUUGAGGACGAGGAGUAUUAUAAAGCCUCUGUAACCAGACUCCCAAUCAAGUGGAUGGCUCCAGAGUCCAUCAACUUCAGACGUUUUACCUGUUCUAGUGAUGUCUGGAUGUUUGCGGUUUGCAUGUGGGAGAUAAUGAGCAUGGGCCAGCAGCCCUUCUUCUGGCUGGAGAACAAAGAUGUGAUCAACCAGCUGGAGCAAGGGGUUCGACUGCCCAAACCGGAUAUCUGCCCUCCCACCCUAUACACCCUGAUGACGCGCUGCUGGACAUACGACCCCCAGGAAAGGCCGAAGUUUACAGAGCUGGUCUGCAAGCUCAGUGACAUGUUCAAGAUGGAGAAGGAACAGGAAACGCUACAGCAGUCAAAGAAUCGAUCCCGUGCCACAAAAUUCUUUGAUCCUAUUAUCACUGUCAGUGAGCCUCCACCAAAGCCGUCAAGAAUGAAAUCCUCACGUUUUGGAAGUACCCUCAAUGUUGGUUUACAAAUUCAGCUGCCAGAGUCUCUGUGCGCCAGCUCGCCUGCCAUUGCUAGCCCGCCUGACUACCAGACACCCGUUGACUCCAACAACAGGCUGCUCCUGCCGCGCCAGGUCCCCAGACGCCGGAGUAUGGGGGAGGGUGACUUCAUCGUGGAACCUGUCAGCAAGGAGGAUGCUCAGCGGCUGUGGGAAAUUGAAAAGGCUCGCAUGCAGGAGACCCUGAAGAGACAGAAGCAGGAGAUGAUAGAAGACAACAAAUGGCUGGAGAAGGAAGAGAAACUGCUAGAUCCUAUGAUACAAGAAGGCAGUAAAACAUCAGAGGUGCCUGAAAAGGAAUCUGGAUAUGCUCAAUUCACAGGUCCCCCAGAAAAACCUCCAAGACUGACGGCUCAGCCUGCCCCAACUGCGGAGAUGGACCGCUCUGAGGACAAGGUUUACCACUUCGUCAUGGAGCUGGUGAAGGUGGUGGUCCAGCUGAAGAAUGAUGUCAAUGUGCUGCCGGCUUCUGAGUACGUCAAUGUUGUUAAGUCAGUGGGGUUGACUCUGCGCGAUCUGAUCCGCAGCGUGGAUGAAGUUCUGCCCACAUUGCACGCAUCCAAACGGACAGAGAUCGAAGGCACUCAGAAGUUGCUGAACAAGGACAUGGCGGAACUGAUCAGCAAGAUGAAGCUGGCGCAGCAGAAUGCGAUCACCUCCCUCAGCGAAGAGUGCAAGAGGCAAAUGCUGGCAGCUGCUCACACGCUGGCCAUGGACUCCAAAAACCUCCUGGAUGCAGUAGACCAAGCCCGUGUCCGUGCCAACACAGCCAAGCCAUCAGCCUCCUAACCAGAGCACGGGCUUUGCUGACAGCUUGUGAGGAACUGGGGGCAACCCUGGAGAGUUGCAGAAGUUAUGUGUGCAAUAAUAAGUAAUUUCAUCUUACAGUGCUGGCAGAUAAAUAUUACAGUGGAAGUAUAUGGUACUUUGGCAAAAAACAAGACCUUUGUUUGGUUAGGCAUGUUACCUGCAUCCCCAAAUAACACGACUGUAACUAUUUUAUCGUGUAUAAUUUUACAAGCUGCAACUCAUAGUUCUGUUGCUUUAGGUGUUUUUACCCUGUGUGGCUUGACUGAAUUCCUGGCUUAAUACAAUACCUCCCAUCUGAUUUAAUUGUGGAAAAGCCAGUGUUGAAUCGUAAUAAUUCAACGUGACUGUGAGAAGUAAGACAUACAAUGCUGGCAUGUAAAGACUUGUGAUAAGGUACAGUACUUGUGGUAAUUUUAUUCCAGAAGCAGAAUAUUUUUUUUAAAAAGUGGCACAUGAGAACUGUGCAUGUUUUGUAGAUUGGAAGGGAUUUAUUAUGUAUUACUAUUUGAAUUAAAAAGGAAAAAAAUAAAUGGUUUAUUUUUUUUUCUAGUACACAUGAUAAAACAAGUGUAUUUUUCUGUAAAUGUUAGGUGACCACAGCAACAGAGGUAGGUCUAGGGGUGCCAUCACAUCACCGUUAUGCUAUGCUGGGGAAUCAUUUCGUGAUGCAAAAUUAAAAGCCUUUGGUUACCCUUUGCAGGCCAUUGGAAAGCUCAUGAAUCGUAAAUGAUAAAAAUCACAGACUGUGACUACGUACAGUACUCAUCAAGGUGCAUAUUCUGUUUGUCAUGACAAAGUUUUUAUUUUAAAUUAUAUCCUUAACUUAUCAGGAUGUUCAGGUGGAACACUUGCUCUGGGGUUUUCUGGUAAUUAAAAGUGGAAUUCUCCUUCUGUCACUCACUAUUGGAGAAGGGCAUCCUGCCUGUGAAAGGAGCAGGUCAGCAGCAAACUGCUGUUUCACAGUCGCAGAGAGUGCAGAGUUAUCCUGAACUUCGUGCAUGUUUUGAUCUUGCCACAUACUGUACAGUAUGUAGCUACUGGACUCUACUGCACAUGCAACUCACAAUAUGUUGACUGCAUUGGAAAUAUCAUAUGAGAAGACAUUGGCAGUUCAUUUUUAUUGGGUUUCUAUGGAAACCAUACUUGCCUUCACUAAGUCGUGGAAUUAUUCAAAACACUCAGAGUGAUACAGUGCGUUACAGACACCCUGCUGUUGCACCUGCACACAGACAUGAAUGAAAAGAUUUGUGUCAUGAAGAAAAUAAGAAUACUUGACUGCGAAAUCACACUUGCCCGUGGUUUGCCAGGUUGGAAAAAAUGAGAUUGUAUGGAAACUAUUGACAACUAAUAAUUGCACUGAAAUUCAUACUGUUUCACAUUUCUGCUUUUCCCAGUACUAAGAGUACUACAAAACAGCAUCAGUAUUUAGAGACUGAUACAAUAUCUCUCUACCUAAUUAAUUUAUGUUGUUGUUCUUAGGUUAGCAAGCCUAUUUUAUUAAUUAUAUUGUGAAUACUGUAUCUAAAAACUUUAGAUGUUGUGUAAAAUAUGCAAUACAGUAAUAGUAAUUGUUCAUUGUCCAGCCAAAUUUGACAGUACCAUUAUCCAACAUAAAUCUAUAACUAUAUAGAGAUGUUAAAAAACAUUUUGCUUUGUUUUUAAUGUCUAUCUUUGAUUCUUUGCUCUGUAAAUCUUUCAUUUAAAGUAUUUUUUCUUUGUUCGAAAGGGUAGAACUUUAAUAUUAAACACAAAUGUGAAAUUAUUUCUUGCCACCAUCUUAUGAAUAAUCAAUAACCAAUGAAUGCUGUGCAGGAAUAAUUUAUUCUGGCAUUUUCCUGAUUAAUAAUAUUGAAACCAUUAUAUCGAAGGUAUUUUCCUGAUUAAUAAUACUGAAACCAUUAUAUCGAAGGUACUCAAGCACACAGCAUUUGUUUCUCUAACACUUCAUGUCUGGUAAUGCCAUAAUAGUAAUUGAGACAUUUUCACUAACAAAAUAAAUGAAAAGUUAAAAAUGAACAAAUGGAAACUAUUAAUGGGAAGUGAUAGAAUGUGUUUUUACAGGUCUUCAUUGUAAUACUGUACAUAGACAUUUCUAAUACAAACAUAACAUUAAAUAUGGAAUUUCACUUUGCCUGUUGCUAAUAGUUCUGCAAAGAAAGCUGUAUUGAUGUUUGUACUUAGUUCAUGUUUCAGGAAUUAUCCUUGACCUCAUAUGUCAGAUUUAUGAAUAUCUAAGACUGCUUGCUGUAGUUGGUAAAUGCCCCUUUUAAUGAAGUCUGAGGUGACUUCAUCCACGUAUUCAAAACCCUCAAAGGUAUUGAGCCUAGUGGACUUCUUCAAAAUGAAUGGUGAAACACAAACCAAAUUACAUAAGCGGAAACUACUUGGAUGUGCAUUUAAAAGUAAUAAUAGGGGAACUCUACUCAAAGUGUUGUUGGAGUAUGGAACAAGCUACCCAGUCAUGUUGUUGAAGCUGAUCUCCUGGUUUCCUUCAAGAAAUUGCAGGUUGCGAUCCUUUGAUCAGUACCAACAACCAAAAAGACCAGAUGGGCAGAAUGGCCUUCUCUUGUUUGUAACCUCUCUUUAUGUUCUUUACAAUCUUCUGCAUUAAGUGGCACAUGAAAUCCAUAAUGGAAAUUUACUAUUAAAUUAAGACCCCGUGACACUUGGCCAAGGCCAAAUAGCACACAAAUUAAGAACGCUCAUUUGCUGACAAGGUAGCACUGAUAGUCUGUGAAACAAGCCCCAUUACAGCCACAUAGACACUAGUGUGCAAUGCAAAUAGUAAAACAUCACUGGACAACAGUUUUGGAGAUUAGGAGUGCAGACUAAGUUGCAGCUCAAGUGAAAGCCUAUGGGCUGUGCAGAAAAUGUCUGUGAUAUUUGUUGUGCGCUUAUAGAUAUUUAAAAAAUAGAAACAUGGAUGUGAGAAAACCCCAGAUGAUAAUGGACCAUUUUUCUCAUGUUUGGUAUAGCCAAAGCUACUCUAGCUUUGUCAGUUCUGUUUAUAAUGACCUUCCACAAUUCGCAGCCUAAAGUUUAUUUAGAAGGAGAUACUUUUGUGGGGAGAUUAGUGUUCCCAAAAACAUUUGAAGAGGGAUGAGAGUUCCUAACAUUGGGAAUCUUACAUGGAUUUCAGCAACUGUAUAUUUUUCAUGAUCUCAUUCAUGUGAAAACGAAAAAGAGGCAUAUUUUGAUUAUGAUAGACAUAUAAAAGUUACAAACAGACCUUUUUCCUGUUGUUUUGUCCUUUGGUUUUGAUUAAAAUGUGCAUGACAUUCUAAAAUGGCUCAUUUCACUUUCAUUCUUAAGAGCAAUGCUUUCCAUCAUUGAUGGGCCGCACAAUAGGCUUUAUUUUAACAGUUUCCGAUUUCAGAUAAAAUGUUCCAUAAUUUAAAUCUAAAGACCAUGAGUUGUGCAUAAAAUAAAAGUGUCUUAAAACAUGGACAAUGGGUUUAGUGAACCAGCAGAGCCCUUUAUGUUGAAGUCUGUUUGAGCUUUUCACAAGGUAAUUCUAGAUUUGCAUAUCUGUUUGGCAUUUUUCCUGGGUGAAGAUAACAAUGAUCUGCCAUUGUUUCCUCUGGGUCCAGAAGGCAGAUUUUAAUGCAAAUGGAUGUGUUAAACAAUGGACUAUAAAUACCCACAUGUGUUGAGAAGAGCCAUGUGGAGUUUUGCAUACCACUGAUGGGAUUACUGACCCUUAUAAUUAUAUGCUCCUAGCGUGGAAACCUGUAGCAUCCUGCAAUUAGUGGCUACAGUUAAAUAGUCUGAUAUUUGUAUACAGUACCUGUUGCUUACAUCUCAUUUACAGAUGUUGUAGCUAGAUCACUCCUUUUUUCUGGGAUAUACAUGCAAACUGGAUACUGUAUGUAUUCAAACACAAAUAUGAUAGCUGUAGUUUUCUUUUCAGAAAGAUGUUCAGUUUUGAUUUUCCCAAUAAGACCAGGAGCUAGUCCCUGAAGAGUUUGUUUGAAAAAUUACAGUUUAUAGUAUCAGCCUGUUGCCACAACAAUAGAUGUUUUCGUUUAAGCAGUCUAAAAAAGCACUGCAACACAACAAAAGUGUCUGCUCAAAUGCCUACUGGUGCAGUAUGUGUUAAUUCAUUUGUUUGAUAUAGUGAAAUAUGAGAUAUGAAAGUAACUGAGGAACAGCACUUUGAAUUUUGUAAAAUAAUUAGCUCCAUCUAAUCAUUUACAAUGAACAUACAUAGUAUUACAAAUUAACUCAAUAAUUUAUACCUGCCACUAGCAAUAAUAUUUGCAUCAUUUAUAGAUGAUGUAUACAAUGACAAAAUUGUGUUUGUGCAGAACAUAACAAAGUAUAUUGUUCAUUUAUAAUCUAUGCUGGGCAAGAACUAUUAAACUUGUGUUGGGUGAUUAUAUAAAAGUAUAAUUUUUGCUUCUAUUGGAAUUGUCUCUUGUACUGUAUAUGUUAGAUUUUAGAAAUUCACUGCCUGUUAUAUAUAUGGUACAUCCUACAUAAAUAUUGAAACAAGCAGUGACUGUGGAAAAAGGAAAGUUUAACUGUACAUGUAUGAACAGAUUCCAGUGUACUAGAUAUGACAUGUACAUUUCAUGUACAAAUAAAACAAGACUGAAUUAUGCUUUG